ACGUUGUAUGCAUUUAUUAAUUUAUUUGUUGCAUUAAUUUGAUUUGAAUAUCAGAAAUAAAGACCUAAUCGUGCUCUGGGUGGUACAGUUACUGUAAGUCGUUUUUUAAAACCCUCUGUGAUCAGUUCAUGCCAAAGGAUUCAGGCCCACUUAACUCCGUUCCGGUAGAUGGCAGUAGGCUACCCCGACGCUUUUAUCCUUUGACCCAUGUUUGCGGAAGUACAUGUACGAGUUACAGUUUGUGUUUUGUUUGAGGCAUGCUUUAAGAUAUAUCCAUUAAAUAGAGCAGUGGACAGUUUGACCUCCAGACGUGUGUGUGUUACUUUCUACGUACCUCUACCACAACAAGAAGUCGAAAAGAGAGGACACACACAUGGCUCGGCCUUUUCAGCUCCUCUCCCUUCUCUCCAGGCUGGGUGCUCCGUCCGUGGCUCUUUCUUUUUCUAGUACCUGCGUUCGGUUUGCAAGCAGAGGUACCAGCAAGACAUGGCUGGCACAGAGCCACGACCACACAGCCAGAUCAUCACAUGGAGCUUCAAGAUACAGCGACCGGAUGUCCGAUGAAGAAGUCGGUCUGGAAGAUGUAGAAGACAAGCUGCAAACCUUGGUUGAUGAGGGGAGAAAGAGGCAGAGGACUGUGAAAUAUCACAUACUUAGAAGACAGAUGACUCCUUCAGGAGCUCCACAGAGGAAGCUUACCUGGGAUGCUAUUGAGCAGAUCAGAUAUCUGAAGCAAGAGCAACCAGAAGAGUGGACAGUGGAGCGUCUGGCUGAGGGCUUCUCUGUCAGCCCUGACGUCAUCCUGAGAGUCCUCAGAACCAAGUUUGUGCCCAGUCCUGAAAGAAAAGCCAAGCAGGAUGCUAAAUCUAUGGCAGGACUCGGCCAGCAGGUGUUGCCUUCAGGUGACAGGGCAGCGUCGGACAGACUGAAGCUACCUGGAAUCCAUGCAACGGCAGUGCUACCUCCCGGAAGAGGAGACGAUGCAGUGGUGCCUGCGUCUGAUAAGGCUUUAAUGCUUCGAAGCACAGAGGCUAGUAAGAGUUUGGUCCCUGCUACUUCUCCGCCCAUCCAGCCCAAAGCUGGUAUUAGUAAAGACACCACAGUGGAAACAUCUGGAACAAUGCUUACAGAGGAUGAGGAGAGCUGGGAUGGACAGGUGUUCACAGAAGAAGAACUUGAACAGUAUAUCCAAAUGGAAAAGCCCUCACCUGUAGUGCAAGUUGGUAGUGACUUUUUUGAUGUAGAGGGCGAUUUUUUGUACAGAAUCUAGAGUUACUGUGUUGGACUAUUAGCUAACCAUAUGAACACCUGACAAUACUCUAAGAGAUUAUCACUCUAACUGAACAGGUCAACGAAACAACAUCUUUGGACUACAUUUAUUUCUGCAGUUGUUCCCUUAUGCAUUUAUUUAUUUAUUCAUGUGUUCCAUGUACCUCUGUAAAUUAAAGGAUGAAUACAGCAAUAAUUAAACAGAAAUAAAAAAAUGAUUUUCCUUUGUUUAUACAAAAUGGCCACAGGUUUAACUCACGUCUCCUUAGAAAUAUCUCACAUCAGCUGUCACACUGAAGGGUAACUUAA